CGUGGAUCCGUGCCGAAAUUAGAAUAUUAAUGCCAAAAUAUUAAUGUUUGUAAAUGAAACCGAAAGUGGUCCACCUGUUUCGUAUAAAAACCCGCGAAUUUUAUCUCAAACGCAUCAGUUCCUCCUACUGUUCUACACCAACAACAUGGCAUUCAAAGCACUUUUCUUCAUCGCCACUCUAGCUUGCGCUAGAGCAGGAAUCUUAUCCGAACCAUCACUAGCCAGUCCAGUGAUAUCAUCUUACUCUCUACCUUUAAAUCCCCUCAGUCUAGCUUCGACCCCGCUCAGAUCCCUAUCGGUAGCUCCGGUAUCAAUCAGCUCCCCGCCGGCUCUACUCAGAGCCGCUCCGCUCGCUCUAGCCAGCCCGUUGAGCUACGCUCCGGCUCAUCUUUCCCUAGCACCACAAGCUCUACCGCUCUCCAUCGGCGCCGUUUCUCCUCUCAGCUACUCCGCUCCUUCCAUCAUCCGAACCGUUCCAGCUCCGGUGCAGGUAGUUAACACCAUCGCUGCUCCGGCUCCGCUGCUCAGAAGCGUUCCUCUGACUUUGGCUGCUGCUGCUCCGGUUAUUAGAGCUCUACCGUCGCCUGUGCUUACCAGAACUGUGGCUGCUGCUCCUUUGAGCUACGCUGCAGCUGCUCCGUUGACUUACGCUGCUGCUGCUCCGGUUAUUAGAGCUCUACCAUCGCCUGUGCUUACCAGAACUGUGGCUGCUGCUCCUUUGAGCUACGCUGCAGCUGCUCCGUUGACUUACGCUGCUUCUGCUCCGGUUCUGGCGGCUUCUCCGGUGCUGAGGAGUGUCGGUCCGAUCAUCAGAAGCAACCCUUGGUGAUUGUAAUGAUAUUGUUUUUGUACAAGCGUUUUA